CCUGCAGCAUCUGCGGGGACAGGUGGCUGCGGGACACUCUACUCUGCAGCCUGACAGGGGCUCACCCUCCGCCCAACACCUGACCCUCCAGGAAAUCUCCACCUGCUGCCAGCCGGCCCGGUCCUGCAGCCAGGGCUUCCUGGGCCACAAAGGGUUAAUGACCUGUGUUUUGGCUACCCAGUUCCGUUAAUGUCCCUGGGGUAAACUGAGGCAGGAAGCAGAAGGAAAUGACCUGCCCAGCCUUUGGCCUCUGCCAGACAAUCUCUGUCCCCAGGAAAGCUCAUUCCAGUGCUCCAGGGCCACAGGCCACCUCUGCUCCCUGUCCCCUCUCUUCCCAGAACCCAGCAGUUUGGCUUGUAGCCCCUCGCCAUCUGAGACAGUUCCCAGAACCCAGGUUCUCAGGGACUCAGCAGUUGGAGUUGAGCCCAGCCUCUUCUCCUCUCAGGAAUGCAGGACCCUAAGGCUUGGGAACUGAGGUAUCUUCGCCCCCAGGAAUCCAGCUCCUUCCCCUGCCAGAAGCCCAGAUCCCAGCCCCUGACCUCCCGGGUCUCUCGCCCUCAUUCUCCUGUUACCUCCUGAGCAGGUGCUUUGACUCCACCCUCCAGACUCAGAGGUCCCCACCUCCAAUGUCCCCCAUCAAGGAUUCCCACCCCAGUCCCCAUUUUCCACGGGACUCAGGCAUUCAUGCCCCCACCCCUCCGGACUCAGGAGCCCUGACCCUCAGCCCCCCAGUUUCCCAGGGCCCUGGCGUGGGGCCCAGGACAGGGCGAGGUAACAGGUUGUGCCGGCCGCCCGGCCGCAGCGCGGUUCGGAGUUUCUGUUUACUUCCCGGUCCGCCCCUGGGGACGGGAGCCCUGGGCUCCCCUAGGGCUGCUCAGGGGCUGGGGUUCAGGGGCUCGGGUCAGAGGGCCCGACACAACAGCUUUACCAGCCCCAGCCCUCCGGGGGGUCACCACCCACUAGGCACACACACCCGUGCUCUCCCUCCUCCUCUCGCCCGGUGUCCAUGGGCAGCCCUGCUCGCAGGACGUGAGUGUCACGGUGGUCCCAGCCCAGCCGCCCCCAGGCCGCUCCCGGGGAUCUCCCUGACUUGGCCCUCGCGGGCCCCGCUCCCCCGCCCCCCUCCACGCGAGAGACAGGGACCUGGAGACCGCUCCCCCUCCCCUUUCGCACCUAGCUGCCCAGGUGUUGGGGCCUCCAGCCCCCCGACCCCCAGCCCCAGGCGUCGGAAGCCCAGAGAAGCGGCUGGGCUCACCCCCGACGGCUGAGCUCCUGCCGGCGCCCCCGGUUCCCCGGCGAUCCCGGUUCCCCUGCCCCCGCCCCGGCUCCCCCACCUUCUCCGCCGACGCGGCCGGACCAGGCCCUCCCCAGGCUCGAGGGGCCCGGCCCUCGGCGUCCCCCAGGUUCUCACCCGAAGCCGCCGGGCUCCCUCCGAGGUCCCCGCGGUCUCCGGUCCCCUCUUCCGGAGGCGGCUCCAGGUGUGCGGCCAACACAGGUGAAGGGGCGGGGCCGCGGGAGGGGCCGGGGCGCUCCCUGGCUGCCUGAAUGGCCGGGCGGGGUCGAGGGAGAGUCGCUUCCACCUGGGUGGGGGGCACUGGCCCAACCUGCUGUGGUUGCAAAUGGCCCGGCCAGUUAACUGAGCAUCUACUGUUUGCAGAUCCUACAUUGAGGUAGCCGCCGCUCCUUUCCCGUCACGACUGCCUUGCCCUGUGGGGUAGGAAAUUAUUAGCAAUGACAACACCACCGAAUCUGACAUCUUAAGCAUUCUGCUAAGUAAACUCUUUUUUAUUUUUUAGAGAUGGGAUUUUGCUCUGUCACGCAGGCUGGAGUGCAGUGGCACCAUCACUGCAGUCUCGUCCUCCCAGGCUCAAGCGAUCCUCCCACUACAGCCUCCCCAGCAGCUGGGACUGCAGGUACAUGCCACCAUGCCCAGCUAAUUUUUGUACUUUUUGUAGGGGUGGGGUUUCACCAUGUUGCCCAGGCUGGUCUCAAACUUCUGGAUUCAAGCAAUCCUCCCGCUUCGGCCUCCCAAAGUGCUGGGAUUACAGGCAUGAGCCUCUGCUUCUGGUCAAGUAAACUCUUUUAUAGGCAUAACUUGUUGACCUUUUUUUUUUUUUUUUUGAGAUGGAAUUUUACUCUUCUUGCCCAGGCUGGAGUACAGUGGUGCCAUCUCAGCUCACAGCAGCCUCUGCUCCCGGGUUCAAGGGAUUCUCCUGUCUCAGCCUGGUGAGUAGCGGGUACUAUAGGCAUGCACCACUACAUCCAGCUAAUUUUGUAUUUUUAGUAGAAAUGGUGUUUCAAUGUGUUGGCCAGGCUGGUCUCAAACUCCUGACCUCAUGAUCCGCCCACCUCAGCCUCCCAAAGUGCUGGGAUUACAGAGUGAGCCACCUCCCCGGCUCAACUUGUUGACUUUCAUGAUGACCUGAUGACGAGGAACUGCUGUCAUCCCCAUCUUACAGAUGAGGAAGCUGAGGCUCGGGGGCGGAGGGGGGUCCUCCACCUUGUUUGGGGUCCCCUGGUCAGAACUGGAAGGUGAACAGCACAAGUGUGGCUUUAGGGUCAUGCUCUUUACUGAUUCCCAUGCCGCAGACAAGGACACUGUAGCCCAGGCAGUGACAGUGACUUGCCCAGAGCCAUGCCCAAGUCCGUGUGGCUCCACACCUGGGGUUCUCAGUUCCUGAGUUAUGCAGAGCUGGGGACCGUGCUCUUGUCUGGGACAGGGGCCUUGGUGUGGAGAUGGGAAGGUCCGGGGCUGGGGACCCAGGGUGGCUUGGGCAGCAGUGAUGCCCCAUCCAUGGCCUUGUGUCUUGUCACGAUUUAUCUCCAGACUCCAGGGCUCCCUGGGCCUCGUGACAGGGGCUCCUGGCCUGGAGAGCAGGACAGAUGGAAGGCUGGGAGCAGCGGCGUGCUGGUAAGCGUUUAGCAACAGGCUCCCUGGCUAAAACAAAAGCCCUCGCUCGUUGCAUUUGCCAAUAUCCAUGAUGCAAUACCCGCUCCUCGGCUGACUUCCAGCUACUCACCUGGCGUCACGGAGUGCAGAGGUAGAAGGGGCUGUGCACAUCAGCUCUGGCUGGCCGGUGUCAGCUGGGUCUGUGCACCUCUGGCUGGGGGUCAGGACUCCUGAGUCUUGGGGGUCUGGGGGCUACUUACUUGGGUUCUAGAAAAAUAGGAGGAGGGUGGGGGCUGGGACUCCUGGCUUGUGGGAAAAGGGGAGCAAGGACUCCUUGGAGAGGUGACUUAGGAACUGGGACUCCUGGGUCCUGGGGCUGGGACAGGGUUUUCUGCCAGCAGAGAGUAGGGGAGCCAGAGAUUUGUCUUACAGCCACAUUGCCCAGCAAGCCUGACACUUUCUCCCACUGCACCUGUGGGAGCAGCCUGGUAGCCACUGGAGGACUGAAGACAUCCCAGCCUCCCCUGGGUGCUGCUAUGUGACCCUCUGGAAAUAGAAGCUCAAUGUCCCCUCCAAAUGCCAGUCACCCUGGGCCCCACUCACACCCACACGUAGCACAUCUUGAGCGCCUCCUGCCAGGCUGAGCUCAUCCCAGGAUGAAGUGAUUACAGCCCUACUCCCAGAAGGUUCACAGUCCACCUGGGCCAUGGGAGGGAGCGUAGACCUAUAAACCAGAAAUGAACAAAUAAAACGAUACAGCAAAGUGCUUGGCCCAUGGGUGCUGGCAUCACAUGGCUUCGGUACAGGAUCCAGUUGGCCACAUACCAGAUGUGGGUGCCUGUGCCCUUCAGCUGAUUAACCUCUGCGGCCCUCAGUUUCCCCAUCUGUAAAAUGGGGAUGAUAGUUCCUAGCUUAUAGGGAUGUGAGGAUUUUUUUUGAGAUGGAGUCUCGCUCUCUCCCCCAAGCUGGAGUGCGUUGGUGAGAUCUCGCCUCACUGCAACCUCUGCCUCCCGGUUUCAAGUGAUUCUCCUGCCUCAGCCUCCUAAGUAGCUGGGAUUACAGGCGUGUGCCACCACACCUGGCUAAUUUUCGUAUUUUUAGUAGAGACAGGGUUUCACUGUGUUGCCCAGGAUGGUCUUCAACUGACCUCAGGUGAUCUGCCCGCCUCAGCCUCCCAGAGUGCUGGGAUUACGGGUGUGAGCCACCGUGCCUGGCCAGGUGUGAGGAUUAAAUGAGUGUGAAGUGCCAGCACUUAGUCCUUGCUGGUGAUCUCCGCGUGGCCACCAGAGAUGACUCACCUGCAUGUCACACUCUAUUUCAUCCUCAGAGCAACCCUAUGAGGUCACGCCAUUCACAGGUGAGGAGCCCAGCUCAGAGAGGCUAAGUCAUUUGUCUGUGGGUACAUAGCAGAGCCUUCAUCCCAGCUUGCCUAGCUCUCAGCCUCAAUCACUCUUGGGAAAUUUGUGUUGUUUUUGUUUUUUUCGGAGAUAGGGUCUCACUCUGUCACCCAGGUUGAAGUACAGUGGCAUGAUCAUAGCUUACAGCAGCCUCGAACUCUUGGGCUCAAGCGAUCCUCCUGCCUCAGCCUCCUGAGUGACUGGGACAACAGGCAGAUGCCAUCAUGCCCUGCUAACUUUUUUAUUUUUUGUUUGUUUGUUUGUUUUUUUGAGACAGAGUCUCGCUCUGUCGUCCAGGCUGGAGUGCAGUGGCACGAUCUUGGCUCACUGCAAGCUCCGCCUCCCGGGUUCAUGCCAUUUUCCUGCCUCAGCCUCCCGUGUAGCUGGGACUACAGGUGCCUGCCACCACGCCCGGCCAAUUUUUUGUAUUUUUAGUAGAGAUGGGGUUUCAUCGUGUUAGGCAGGAUGGUCUCGAUCUCCCAACCUCAUGAUCUGCCCGCCUCGGCCUCCCAAAGUGCUGGGAUUACAGGCGUGAGCCACCACGCCCAGCCUAACUUUUUUAUUUUUUGUAGAGAUGCGGUCUUGCUAUGUUGCCUAGGCUGGUCUCGACUUCUGGCCUCAAGCAAUCCUCCUGCCUUGGCCUCCCAAAGCGCUGGGAUCUGAGGCAUGAGCCAGUGUGCCUGGCUUUGAAUAUUUGAAUCUGGUCCUCAGUCUCCUCUGGAACCAGGAGUCCUGGCCUCCAUCUCCCUGUUGGGUCUAAGAGUCCUGGCCACCCAGCGUGCAGGGGACCUCAGCCCUCCCCUCACCCCCAGGCUCCCUGCUGAUCCCAGGAGAAAAAUGAAUAGGAGGGACAGAGUGACCUCAGGGAAGGCCCGGGGAGGCUGGGACAUGUCUGGUUAAGAAGGAAGGGAUCGGCCGGGCACGGUGGUUCAUGCCUGUAAUCCCAGCACUUUGGGAGGCCGAGGUGGGUGGAUCACGAGGUCAGGAGCUCAAGACCAGCCUGGACAAAAUGCUGAAACCCCAUCUCUACUAAAAAUACAAAAAUUGGCUGGGCGCAGUGGCUCAUGCCUGUAAUCCCAGCACUUUGGGAGACCGAGGCAGGUGGAUCACGAGGUCAGGAGAUUGAGACCAUCCUGGCUAACAUGGUGAAACCCCGUCUCUACUAAAAAUACAAAAAAUUAGCCGUGUGUGGUGGCGGGCGCCUGUAGUCCCAGCUACUCAGGAGGCUGAGGCAUGAGAAUCGCUUGAACCUGGGAGACGGAGGUUGCAGUGAGCCAAGACCGCACCAUUGCACUCCAGCCUGGGAGACAGAGUGAGACUCCAUCUCAAAACAAAAACAAAAACAAAAGACAAAACAAAACAAAAUACAAAAAUUAGCCGGGCGUGGUGGCACGCGCCUGUAAUCACAACUACUUGAGAAGCUGAGGCAGGAGAAUCAGUUGAACCCGGGCAGCAGAGGUUGAAGUGAGCUGAGAUCGCACCACUGCACUCCAACCUGGGUGACAGAGCAAGACUCCAUUUCAAAAAAGAAAAAAAAGAAGGGAAGGAUGAUCACCCAGCCUCACCUGCUCUCCAGCCCAAACAAGCCAGCUUCCAGGGUGCUUAGUUUGGUAUGCCCUCCCCGCCUUUCCAUCCACCCGCUGAGCCCUGGGGGGUUCUGAGUCUUGGUUGGGAGUUGAGGAGGGGUCUCAUCCCUGGGGAAGCCUCGUCAGAUCUCACAAUGCCGUGGGAGUCUAUGCUAGGCAUCCAGAGGCCAGCAGAACCCCACUCUCCUCUUGCCCUUCCCCAGAAGCAGUCUGGUAGAAAUAACUUGGGUCCAGACCCAGGUGCCUCCAGGCUUUUAUGACGCAUGCUAAGUCCAUGAACAGUAGGUAGUAUUGUUUGGAGCAUUUAAAACCUUUAUAUAAAAUAUUUCACACUGAA